UGUGGGCGCGGGGCUCCUCAUGUCGUCUGUGUGGGCGCGGGGCUCCUCAUGUCGUCUGUGUGGGCGCGGGGCUCCUCAUGUCGUCUGUGUGGGCGCGGGGCUCCUCAUGUCGUCUGUGUGGGCGCGGGGCUCCUCAUGUCGUCUGUGUGGGCGCGGGGCUCCUCAUGUCGUCUGUGUGGGCGCGGGGCUCCUCAUGUCGUCUGGGCGCGGGGCUCCUCAUGUCGUCUGUGUGGGCGCGGGGCUCCUCAUGUCGUCUGUGUGGGCGCGGGGCUCCUCAUGUCGUCUGUGUGGGCGCGGGGCUCCUCAUGUCGUCUGUGUGGGCGCGGGGCUCCUCAUGUCGUCUGUGUGGGCGCGGGGCUCCUCGUGUCGUCUGUGUGGGUGCGGGGCUCCUCGCGAUGUGUGGUGCGGGGCUCCUCAUGUCGUCUGUGUGGUGUGGGGCUCAUCGCGAUGUGUGGGUGCGGGGCUCCUCAUGUCGUCUGUGUGGGUGCGGGGCUCCUCAUGUCGCCUGUGUGGUGCGGGGCUCCUCAUGUGGGGGUGCGGGGCUCCUCAUGUCGUCUGUGUGGUGCGGGGCUCCUCAUGUCGUCUGUGUGGUGCGGGGCUCCUCAUGUCGUCUGUGUGGUGCGGGGCUCCUCAUGUCGUCUGUGUGGUGCGGGGCUCCUCAUGUCGUCUGUGUGGUGCGGGGCUCCUCGCGUCGUCUGUGUGGUGCGGGGCUCCUCGCGUCGUCUGUGUGGGUGCGGGGCUCCUCAUGUCGUCUGUGUGGGUGCGGGGCUCCUCAUGUCGUCUGUGUGGGUGCGGGGCUCCUCAUGUCGUCUGUGUGGGUGCGGGGCUCCUCAUGUCGUCUGUGUGGGUGCGGGGAUCCUCAUGUCGUCUGUGUGGGUGCGGGGCUCCUCAUGUCGUCUGUGUGGGUGCGGGGCUCCUCAUGUCGUCUGUGUGGGUGCGGGGCUCCUCAUGUCGUCUGUGUGGGUGCGGGGCUCCUCAUGUCGUCUGUGUGGGUGCGGGGCUCCUCAUGUCGUCUGUGUGGGUGCGGGGCUCCUCAUGUCGUCUGUGUGGGUGCGGGGCUCCUCAUGUCGUCUGUGUGGGUGCGGGGCUCCUCAUGUCGUCUGUGUGGGUGCGGGGCUCCUCAUGUCGUCUGUGUGGGUGCGGGGCUCCUCAUGUCGUCUGUGUGGGUGCGGGGAUCCUCAUGUCGUCUGUGUGGGUGCGGGGCUCCUCAUGUCGUCUGUGUGGGUGCGGGGAUCCUCAUGUCGUCUGUGUGGGUGCGGGGCUCCUCAUGUCGUCUGUGUGGGUGCGGGGCUCCUCAUGUCGUCUGUGUGGGUGCGGGGCUCCUCAUGUCGUCUGUGUGGGUGCGGGGCUCCUCAUGUCGUCUGUGUGGGUGCGGGGCUCCUCAUGUCGUCUGUGUGGGUGCGGGGCUCCUCAUGUCGUCUGUGUGGGUGCGGGGCUCCUCAUGUCGUCUGUGUGGGUGCGGGGAUCCUCAUGUCGUCUGUGUGGGUGCGGGGCUCCUCAUGUGGGGGUGCGGGGCUCCUCAUGUCAUCUGUGUGGUGCGGGGCUCCUCAUGUCGUCUGUGUGGUGCGGGGCCCCCAUGUGGGGGUGCGGGGCUCCUCAUGUCUGGGUGCGGGGCUCCUCAUGUCGUCUGUGUGGUGCGGGGCCCCCAUGUGUACUGUUUUCUCUUGGAUGCUUUGUCUCUUCCAGACGUCGGUCAUCGUAAACUCCAUUUCCUCGGAUCUGGACCUCACUCGCGGAGCCAUAUCAUCAGCCAUUUACAGCAGAGCCGGCCCGAAGCUUCAGGAGGAAGUCUGGAGGAAGGGCCACUCAUUCAGCAACAUGAUCUCUACCAGGGGCCCCAACCUGCCCUGCCACUUUGUGUACCACGUGAUAUUAGCAACUGGUGAAACGAACGUGGAGAAGACUCUACAAGAAGUCACCAAGAAGUGUCUAAUGACCGCACAUACUCAUAAGUCUUCCUCCAUCUCGUUCCCAGCAUUGGGGACUGGUAACAUGGGUCUGCAGAAACAUAAGGUGGCAGACAUCAUGACACAGGCGGUUCUUGAUUUUGCCAGAUUGCACCAGUCCUCGAUGGAGGUGAAUUUCGUCAUCCACCCCUUGGACGUGGAAACAUUCCAGGCUUUUCUGGACAAGUUCAAAGCAUCUAGGAUCACAAAUGUCAAGAAUAUGGAGUUUACCAAGAACCCCAAAGGGCCUGAGCCGUCUGAUGAGGGGAUGUGUGUGACCAUUUCUGGGGAGUGCGGUGAGGAUGUGGCAGAGGCAGCGGCCUGGCUCCAGGGGGUCCUAUCCCCCUCCCCCACGCCGCUGCUCUUACACAACAACCUCCUUCUGCUCUUUGGAAGUGAAGAAAUUGACGCUUUAGCAUCUUGUCCCGCGAGUGUUGAGAUGGAAGAAGAUCUGCGAGACGGUCGAGUCACCCUGAAGAUCAGCGGUCCUCUGCCAGACAGGAUAGUGGCGGCCGUACAGGUAGAGCGCCUCCUCCUGGAUGUCCAGAAUGAACUGGCGCAGUCCCUGGAGGCGGAGCUGCUGGAGGCCGCCGUCACCUGGUUCUAUGAGAGUCCGUCAGAGAGUCACCGAUACCCAGCGAAAGCCAACAGGGAGCUGGAGAAAGCGUUCGCCUCCCGGAGGAACUUCGUCCUGAGUGCGCCGCCCGGUCAUGUGAUCAACUUCGACAAUGACACUGCGAUGGAAAGAGAGCGGAAAUACACCCUCCGGAGACGAUGUCUACGUGAUUCCUUCCAGAACAUCCAGACAAGUCCGCUGCCGUCGCUGGAGGUGGAGCGGAGCAGUCCGGAGUUCAGGGAGCAGAGCACAGAAUUCAGGAAAGCAGGGCUGAUCCUGCAGAAGAUGGAGAAGGUGCAGAACGAGCUGCUGUUCAGGGUCUUCCAGUCCAAGAAGGAUGCGGCGAGGGCGCGGAGGAGCGAGACCCUCUACCAGCUGGUCCCCCGACAAUUCUGCAGGGACAUCUGUGAUGUCGGCUUCCACAGAGUGUACGGCACGCCCAGAGACACUAGGUACGGAUCGGGGGUUUACUUCAAGAAGUCUCUGCCCAACAUCACCCAGCGCUUCCAGUGCCCAGAGAAGGACGGGCUUCUCUGUGUCCUCCAGGCGGAGGUGCUCGCUGGCGACUUCACCAAAUAUGCCAGGAAUCAGCCUUCUCUCCCCUGCAUUGGGUCCGAUGCUCUGCAGGUGUACGAGGGUCUUGUAGACGGGGGGAUGCCUGCAGAGCAUUACGUCAUAUUUGACCUGUUUCCAAGCCAAUCCCCAGUAUGUGUUCACCUGCAGACGUAAGGAGUGACGCCCUGCCGCGAGCGCUGCUCAGUAGCACCCAUGUGAUUUCUUGGACCUUACCCUCCAAUAUUGCCGUGUACAUUUUACGGUUGUUUUGUGUAAAUUGCAGUCCGACCGCAGCGUGUGAACACAGCUCAGUAUCGUGUGCCUUAUAGACGGCUGUGGAUCCGCGCGGUGGGAGGAGCUUGUUUACUGAUUCACUGCACAUUAAAUCUAUAAUAUUCUUCCA